AUGGUGAAUGCGAAAAUUACUAAGAAGGGAACAAGUAAAUCGAAUGUAGCAAUUGGGAAAACUGUGAAGACACUUGUUGUUACGUCUUCCAAUAUUGUUCAAAUUGUUGCGGAGGGAGUCUCGGUUCCGACCAAUGUUGCAGGGAAUGUUGAUGGUAAAAACGUUGUCUCGGCGGUGGGAGAUUCUCCUUCCGAGUCUCGUUCAUGUAUUGCGAAUAAGUCGAUAAAAUCUGGCAUUGAGAGAAGAGGCACUAAUCAUAGAAGAAAUUCCGCCAAACUUGAAAAUCAUUUGGAAAACAAAGUAAAAUCUGGGAAGGAUCAAGAACCAAGGAGUCUUUUAUCAAGUUGUACCAAAGACGCCAUGAAAGACCAAGGGAGGAGAAAGAAGAUUGGUAUUGCACAGAACAAGCAGCAUCCAAGCUUACUGAACCAUCAACGGCAGGCAGGAUCUCGUAUUUUGAAAUGUGGUAGUGAGCAAAGUACUGACGUUCAUCAAGAGGGCAACGUUGAUGCACAGAGCACAAUUGGCAACAGCACCUCUGAACGUGUGAAACCAAUAGAACAAGAGAAAAAUAAGCCGGAACUCCCUAGCAACGGUUUCCUCGAAACUGCCGAGAGGCCCUUAUCACCCGAGUUUGCUUCAGCUCUUGAUGAAAACUCAGAGAUGAGUCAAGGUUUCGUGGUAUCUACAAACAAGUUACUACCUACGCAGGCAGCAACAGACCCUAUGAAAAAGACUAAAGAUUUCAAGUUGAAUCCAGGAGCAAGGAUUUUCUCUCCAUCUGUUACAAAACGCAUUUCAUCAACUCCUGCUGGUACGACGCCUGUUGUUGCAAACAUGGGUUAUGUGCCACUGCCAAGUAAUACUCCCAUGUUACCUGUUCCCGAAGCUCUUCAGCCAGAAAUUGGAAUGAACCUUUUCUUGCCUCAUGCGUCUUCCAAGUUUUUUCCAUAUACUAAUUUGACUAAUGGAGUUACUGGCGUUGGAUCUCAUUUUCCCCAACAUAUGGUUGAACCUACUAUUAACAGGGCACAGCCACAUAGAUUCACCUCUCAGUUCCAUUCUGUCCAAGCCACACCACCAAAUCUUGUGAUGGUCGGGAGAUCAGGACAGCUUAUGUAUGUGCAACCAAUUUCUCAGGGAGCACCACAUCACUCACAUUUACCCGCUCGUCCUCUCUUUGCUCCACAAGAACAGUUCCAAUAUCCAAAGCAUCAACAUCUAAUCGCAACAGGUCAAGCACCAAUGCAAAUAUACCCUCCCCAACCGUUUGCAGCCAGUGGACAUCAGCCUUACGCGGUCAUGCCUACCAAUAUUCCGGUUAUGCAGCCGCCUUUUCCGACGAACCAGCCCAUGCCACUUCCAGUUCCUAAUGGUUUCUUUGGCACAAAGUUCCUAUGA